AUGCACCUCACCAGAUCAACCGUCCUCCUUGCCAUUGUGCAUCUCAAUCUAGCCGCCGACUGCACAGUACCUAGAUCCACGCCAUGGCCUUUUGAGAUCUCUUCGGACGGCUCUUCGGACGGCUCUUCGGGCGGCUCCUCAGGCGGCUCAUCUUCUGGAGGAGAUUCCAUCACCGAUAUCUGUGCUCAGUUCAAAAAUGAUGCUGCCGAGUAUCAAGCCUGUACCGAGAGUGCGCUAAGCGGACAGUGCAAUGCCGUGGGCUGCCCAGACUCGACAGACAUCACUGGUAGCACUGACGAUCUCAUCUCAAGCCCAGGCGAUGAUUUGAUAUCUUCUGGAAGCGACGACGACAGUGGUCUGAUUAAGAAGCUCAGGGCCCGCGACACGUUGACCUGCUCAAGCAGUGAGACUUGCUAUCAGCACCCAGAUAAUUCGCUUCUAUGCUACAACCCAGCUACCGGGUACUACCACGACGAUAUUGGCGGCACUGGAAAUUAUUUUGAUGGUACAUACACAGAACCAGACGAAGAUACGAAGGACGAGACCACAGGCACCACGACAGCCACCUCUGCGGCUGCUGCAUCCUCAACUUCCACGUCUGGCACUUCUGCGGCUGUUGCGUCCGCAACUUCCGACUCUGGCGGUAUAAAUCUGAGAGCUGGCGCACUUGUUGGCGUCUUUAGACUAUUGUCUGCCCUUGUUUGGUAG